AUGCAGACCAGAAUAACUUGCUCGGAGGACGAAGUGGACGUGCUCCUGCACGGCACCCCCGACCAGAAGCGGAAGCUGCUCCGCGAGUGCCUCACGGGAGAAAGCGAGUCUUCCAGCGAGGAUGAGUUCCAGAAGGAGAUGGAGGCGGAGCUCAGCACCACCAUGAGGACUAUGGAAGGCAAAUGGAAGGAGUUAGAAACGGGUACCUCUUCAAGUACUGGACAGUCUGACCUUGCCACUACUUCAAAAUACUACGAUGAUGUUUACUUUGAUUCUGAUUCAGAGGAUGAAGAUAAAACAGUGACACAGGAUGCCCGGAAAAGAAGGAAACAGCAGCAGCACCGAUUUCUUUCCAAUGAUGAACUGCUGUAUGACCCAGAGGAAGACAGUCGAGACCAAGAGUGGGUAGACUCCCAAAGGAGAGGGUACCGGAAUCAGAGACGAGUGCAGCAACAGCAGCAAAAGCCUCGAGCGGUUCCAAAUAGCGAUGCGGUCCUGAAUUGCCCUGCUUGCAUGACAACGUUGUGCCUGGACUGUCAAAGGCACGAAUCCUACAAAACACAAUAUAGAGCCAUGUUUGUCAUGAACUGCUCUGUGAACAAAGAGGAGAUUCUGAAAUACAGAAAGAAGGUAAAUAAAAGAAACAAGAAAAUGAAGCACAGCAAAGAGACUACCUCUAUGCAGACAAAUCAAGAGGAGGAGGAAAUAUAUCAUCCAGUAAUGUGUACUGAAUGUGCAACUGAAGUGGCAGUGAUGGAUAAAGAUGAAGUUUUUCACUUCUUCAACGUUCUAGCCAGUCACUGUUAAUGUGCAAAACCACUGAGGACAAAACCCUGUGCAAUUUAAGACUUUGUGAAGUCUC